CAUAUUUUCCAUUCACUAUACUGUUAGUAAUAGGAACGUCGCUAUUGUGUUUUUUAUUUUUAUUUUGGGUGAAAAGUAUAACAAAACUAUUUCAAAACUGAUAUUUCGAAACUAAACAAGAGUUGUCACAGUCUGGCCUCUCCCAAUCUACACCACCGAGUCUGGUCUGGUUCUCCUGAUCCUCAAGCUAACCCUCGCGAGUAACCGCCCCAUUGCCUAAGUAGGCGACGACUUGCAAAGGCUUUUCGGUCUUCAUUCGAGAACCCAUUUGCUCCCGCGACCGUUGGCUCUACAGCAUACAUCUUUAGCCAACUGCCACUAGCUAGACGUUCACGUGUAGGAAAUAUUGAUCAACAAACAAUCCAAGAACUAAAUUAAUUCAAACAAUAAAACUGCAACGUAAGUAAUCCAGUUCAUUGAUAACUUAGUGUCAGCACUAAUUGAAGUUAGAUUAUAAUCACGCGCGUUAGUAUACAAAUUAUGUAUUGACACGUACGGCAGUGUGACAACGGUGUGAGGAGAGUGUCGUGAGAACUCUUACUUAGUGUCGUGCGGUGUCAGGUCGAGUGUCGAGCAAGACCAGACACGACAGGACGUGGUGUGUGUGAUAUUAAAAUGAAUCUAUUAGUUUAAGUGGCUGUUCGAUCACCAUGGAUCCUGCCGCGGCAAUAGAAUUGGAGAUUCUGAAUAGGCAGAAGCCGAUCGAUGAGGCCAUCGCUAGCGGCCUCUCGGACGUGCAGAAGUUCUACAAAAACACAAACGUGUUUAUAACCGGAGGGACUGGAUUCAUUGGGAAGCAACUGAUAGAGAAACUGCUCAGAUCAUGUGACAUAAACAAGAUUUAUAUACUAAUAAGGCGAAAAAAAGGGAAGAAUGUCAAGGAGAGAUUUUCAGAGAUUACGUCAGAGGCUGUAUUCAAUCGCUUACGGGAGAAAAAACCGAAAUUUGAAGAGAAGUUGGUGCCGGUGGAAGGUGAUAUCGCUGAACUGGACCUGGGGCUGACGGACCACGACCGAACGAUAAUAUGCGAGCAGGUAAAUGUGAUAUUCCACGUGGCUGCGACGACUAGGUUUGAUGAGCCGCUGAAGGUGGCGACGGCGGUCAACCUUCGCGGGACUAGAGAAGCUUUGAGCUUAGGCAGAGACUGCAAGAAGCUUAAAACCUUCGUCCAUGUUUCCACCGCGUAUGUCCACGCUACGCACCAGAUGGUAAACACAGAGGUCCACGAAGAAUUCUAUCCUUGCACAUGGACUCCUGAAGCUAUGCUGGCGAUAGCAGAGAAACUAGAUGCGGAACAACUCAACGCCAUCACUCCAAGUAUCAUAAAAGGAUGGCCGAACACUUACACGUUCGAAAAAGCUUUGGCUGAAGCUUUAGUGAAGAAUGCUUCGGAUCUGCCCAUCUGUAUAGUGAGGCCCGCAGUUGUGAUUGGCGCUUAUUACGAACCGAUGCCUGGCUGGUUGGAUAAGACUUGUUUAUUCGGCGCAAAUGCGAUUGUGGCGAGCCCUGGCCUUGGACUGACCCACGUCAUAUACGCAGACGUGUCGAGUAAAUCCAGCGUGGUGCCGGUGGACUAUGUCAAUAACAGCAUCAUCGUGGCUGGCUACGUGACAGCGAACGUCAGAAGCGACGUUCCCAAGAUCUACGCUUUGACGUCUGUCAGCAGAAACAUGAUCACUUUCGGGCAGAUUCAGAAAUACGCUCUCGAGUUUGCCGCCAAAAUGCCAAGUCCCAAAGCUCUCUGGGACGUCUUUGUGGUAUUCACGGCGAGCCCCACGCUGUUCCUCCUGUUAACUUGGAUCCUGCAGUACCUGCCUGCUUAUAUUGUGGACACUUUCCUGAAGGUCACGGGAAACAAACCUAGAUUUGUCGAUGUGAAUACGAAAGUAUACAAAACGAACGUGGCUCUGUCGUACUUCUCGUCGAAAACUUGGUAUUUCCAAGACAAAAAUAUGGAGGAAUUGUUUAAUAAUCUGUCAAAAACGGAUCAAGUUAUAUUUAAUUUUGACGUCGCCUCAAUUAAUUGGGUUGAGUAUAUUAACGUUUGGUGUUUGGGCAUCAGGAAAUAUCUGUUAGAGGAUAAUCUGACGGACGCUGAAUACGCCCAGAGGAAGCGUAUUGGCUUUAAGAUAGCUAAUUACGUUAUAUUAAUGUUGCUCGUUUAUUUCGUUUGGAAAAUCUUAGGUUGUUCCGUUUGUUUGUAUUUGAAAUAAAUAAUUUGUUGUA